AUGGGAGAAGCAACAGAAAGGUAUGCAGUUGUGACUGGUGCAAAUAAAGGAAUUGGAUUAGAGAUAGUUAAGCAGUUAGCUUCAGCUGGGAUCAAGGUGGUGCUCACAGCAAGAAAUGAGGAGAGGGGUCUCCAUGCAAUGGAAACUAUCAAAGCCUCAGGUUUAUCUCACCUUGUAAUGUUUCAUCAGGUGGAUGUGGCUGAUGCAACAAGUGUAGCUUCUCUGGCUGAUUUUAUCAAAUCUGAAUGUGGGAAACUUGAUAUUCUGGUUAACAAUGCAGGGAUUGGUGGAGGAGCAAUUAAAGACACUGAUUUGUUCACCUCAGUCCUCUUCAAUCGUGGGACCAUUUUAAAUACCAACGAUAAGUAUGGUCAAAGUAAACCUUAUAGAGGAUUGGACAAUCCAAAUCUCAACAAUUAG